AAAAUACUGCAUAUGCCUUCGUUAAGGACAUGGAUAAAUAAGAAAUAUUAAUGAUAUAAAUUAAAAAAAAAAUGUUAUUAAAGAUGUCGUAACGUCUGCAAUUAUGUAUGACAUAAUCUGCAUCAGCAGGUACCCGGCAGUGUUUAAACAAAGGUGAAUGAGUCACAACUCUUGAGGAAACACUCUAUGUGAUACAAUACAAGUACUAAACGCGACAUCAACUAUACACGUUAAUAUGGACUAUUUUAAAUUGUUUUAUAUCUAACCCAAUGGUGGGAAAUUAUGUGCGUUCUUGUUAAUACACCCACUGCUUAGAUUGUAUUAAUCCGUUGUUUGAUAUAAAGAAGCAAUCUUAUCGGACGUUUAAUUAAUGACUAAUAUAAAAACAUGUAAAACGUUUUUGCUUAAUUGUUUGUGUUUUGUUUUUAAGGGAUAGUAAAAAUGAUUGUGAAUAAAAGUGAAAAGCUGUCGUCAACUUAAACUUAAAGUGAAAGAAGUUAAAUCACGAUUUAUUUGUGUAGAAAAUAAUAAUUAUAUAAGAAACAACGUUAAAAUAAUGAAACAAAACGAAAUGUUGAUAGCUUUAACACUGAUACUUGUAUUUUGUAACACUAAAAUCACGUGUAAAGAAUCGUUAGAAGUUAUUUGGAUGGUACCAUUCCAGUCGCACAGGGAAAACGUGUUUCCGUACAACGCGUCAUCGUCCGUGACGGCCGUAGCGCUCAGCCUUAAACAUAUUCGAGAGAAGGCUGUUUUAUCUAAUCAUGAAUUAAAUGUAACAUUAAUUGACACCGAGUGUAACAGCAAGAACAGUAUAGGAAAACUUGUGGAAUUAUUUUGUCUCCAGAAUGUAGACGCUGUCAUCGGUCCACCAUGUCCAAAAGUUGUUCAGCCGAUAGGAGAGUUGUUGUCAUUCCGGAAUAUACCGCUUAUAAACUGGAUCUCUCUCGGCCAAACCGUGGACUUUCAGAAGAAGGAUUUAAACACCUACAUUAGAACCAUGGCUCCAAUGUCUUCUUUAGGGGGACUCAUGGUUCAGUUUUUCUAUCAAGCUGGGUGGAAAAGGUUUAUUCUGAUAUCCAGCGAGGGGAGGGACUAUGUAAGUACAGGCGAGGAUAUCAAAGACAGCAUUGGAAAACAGUCUGGUACUGAUUAUAAACUUGUCAGACAUUACGAGGUGAAAAGGAACAUUCGAGAGCAAGAUAUUAUCGACAACUUCCGGUCAAUCCAACACGAAGGUCGAGUUAUAAUAAUGGUGAUUCCUCGUGAUCAGUUAAGGCGGUACAUGUUAACGGCAUUGUCUCUUGGUAUGACGGACGGAGAUUACCAGUUCCUAUUUGUUGAUACAAAGUUGGCGGAUAACAGAAACCUACAGGACAUAAAUAGUGACAAACUUUGGAACAUUUCCGACGAGCAUUAUGAGGAAGCAAGACGCGCGUUUGAAAACGUGCUGUAUUUUUAUCUCGGACACAACAGUCAGGAUAUAGACACUUGGAAGAAAGAGUCGCUAGAAGCCUAUUAUAAUGUUUUCGGAAAUAGAUCCGACAUACCGCCUCCUGCUGAGCCGGACGAGUACUCAUCUUACAUAUACGACGCCUUUUUUCUGUAUGCCAAAGCCAUGAAUAAAACCAUAUCAGGGAACCUAAGUGGAUCUGGUGUAAAUAUAUUUGAUGUCACUCCAGAGGUACCAUUUAAAGGUUUAUCGGGAGAGGUGGUGAUAGGUGGUUUAGGUGACAGAUUCCCGACAUUUUUCGUUUCCGAUCUGAACGAAAAUGGACAUUUCCAUACAGUUACGACCGUCCAAUACUAUAUCCCAGAAGGUGGAAAACCACGAAGGAGUUCAACAUACAAGCCUAUAAGAUGGGGGAACGGCACGACGUCAGAAAAAGGCACUUAUCCGCCUGACACUCCAGCCUGUGGGUUUUUCAAUGAAAAUUGCCCCGAUAUCACUACAGCACGGAUCAUCACAACAACAGAGAAAGAUUACCAAGAUGUCGUAAUCAUUUCGUCCACUGUCGGAUCAGUCUCGUUGAUUUGUAUUGUCCUUCUGAUUAUUUUAAGAUGGUGGAGGAAAGAGAAAGAGCUUCAAAGCAUGUCAUGGAAAAUCAACUACAAUGACCUGGAUUUUAAUUUCGACUCAACCCAGACACAAACAUCAAUUAAUCGAUCUAGAUUUACUAUGAAUAAAAAACGAUUUGUGAGUGGGAGGGACGGUAUGGUGAACAGCAUCAGGAAAAUCAGUGAUGUUUCCGAACCCUCCGACUUUAUCGGGACUAUAAAGCGGAAGUUGUCAUCCAGUCCGGUGUACAAAUUUCGCCGCAGGAGCGAAGCGAACAGCCCCGUCAAUAGACUCGGGAAGAAGAACGUGCCACGGAAAAUGCGCAGUGGAGUUUCGACGGUUGAUGAUUCAUUCCGGCGUGGUGGCCAGUAUUACACAACGGUAGCUUCUUACAAGGAAGAGCUUGUUGCCGUAAAGAUGUGUACAAAGAAAGAAAUCAACAUGGACAGAUCAUUUCUGCUCCAAGUAAGAAAUCUCCGAGAUCUUCAGCAUUCAAAUUUGACAAAGUUUAUUGGAGUUUGUACAGCGCCUGAGACCGUGUGUAUCGUGCGUGAAUACUGUACAAAAGGCAGUCUUCAGGAUGUUAUAGAGAACAAUGAUAUACGCCUGGAUACAAUGUUCAGGUUGUCACUUGCUGCAGAUAUCUGUCAGGGAUUGGAUUAUCUACAUAAAAGUCCCAUCAAAGUUCACGGAAACCUGAGAAGUGCCAACUGUGUCAUUGACACACGUUGGGUUUGUAAAUUGACAGACUUUGGUAUACAGAAGUUUAGAGCCAUUCAAAAUUCUGAAGAAAUGCUGGGAGAACACAGCUUUUAUUCAAGGCUUUACUGGACUGCACCUGAGAUAUUGCGCAAGGUGUUAAAGAACGAAUUCUGUGAGGGCACACAUCCGUCUGAUAUAUACGCUCUAGGUGUCAUUUUCAAAGAGCUUGUCAGCAACAGCAGUCCAUAUAGUGCCGAGUCUCAUCUUUCACCGAAAGAAAUUAUUACAAAGGUUGCUUUUCCGGAGAAAGGGGAAGAUUACUUCAGGCCAUUUAUUAACAGCUUCGACAUAAGUUCCGAACUCCAUCAGUCUAAUAUAGAGUACUUAGUGCAAAAAUGUUGGCAAGAAGAUCCCGAUGCAAGACCCAACAUGAAAAUCGUCAUCCGUAUGCUUAGCAAGAUUAAUCCAUUUAAGAAGAUUAGUGUGAUUGAUAAUAUACUAGCAUUGAUGGAGAAGUACACAAACAAUCUAGAGGAAGUUGUUGCCGAGAGAACAUCACAAGUACAAGAAGAAAAGAAGAAGACAGAAGCUUUGUUAUACAGUAUACUGCCAAGAAAGGUUGCAGAUGAACUGAAAGUCGGUAGAAAUGUAGAAGCUGAGGCGUUUGACAGGGUCACCAUAUAUUUUUCUGACAUCGUAGAGUUUACCAAGUUGUGCAGCGAAAGUACUCCUCUUCAGAUUGUUGAGUUCUUGAAUGAGUUGUACACUAUGUUUGAUGACAUCAUCAGUUAUUAUGAUGUAUAUAAGGUUGAAACUAUUGGAGAUUCUUACAUGGUAGCAAGUGGUCUACCUGAGAGGAACGGACGUCAGCAGGUGCGAGAGAUCUCCGAAAUGGCAUUGAAUAUACUUCAAAGCGUAAUAUCGUUCAAAAUACCACAUCGGCCCGACACACAACUCAAAAUAAGAAUCGGGUUACACACUGGGCCAGUUGUAGCUGGAGUUGUUGGUCUUAUCAUGCCGAGGUAUUGUCUAUUUGGAGACACAGUAAACACAGCAUCGAGAAUGGAAUCAACUGGAGAGCCAUUGAAAAUACACAUAAGCCCGUACACAAAAGCGGUGUUGGAAGACUUCCCGAAUUUUAUUGUGAAAGAGAGAGGACAAAUUGCCGUGAAGGGAAAAGGUAUCAUGAAUACAUAUUGGCUAACUGGCACCCGCAGUGGUUCAAUUGCAUCUAUACCACAGAUGAACCAUUUAAUUGACCCUGGGUACCGUGAUGCUAGACGUCUUAGCGAACCAUUUUAUAAAAGCAGCGACUCAACAACUCGCCUUUCCUUCUUGAAUGAGAACUUGCAGCGUAAACGCAACAGCGAAGUCAAAUUUCAAGAAUUUCAAAAUGAAUUAUCUAGCGCUCAGACCGCAUCUGGAUCGCAUAAGUAUGCACUGAAACCUGUUGAUGAAGUAGAGCGAAAAUUAAGUGUAGCAGAUUCCGGGAUAAGUAUGGAUAAAAGCAGCCUUGAAGAUAAAGUAGAUUUCACAGCAUUACCAUAUGACUAUUUGAGCAAUAUGAAAAGUGAAAGGAAUAACUCGCCUUUGUUAGCAACAGAUGACAAAUUCACAUUCCAUCGUAAUUGUAAAUCUAUUCUUGAGGCAUCCGACCAGGCAAUGAAUUCAAAUGGUGAUUCAAAUUCAGAGACAUUUUCCGAUGAUUCUCACGUGACAGAGGAAACAGAUCAAGUGAACACUUUCAAACCAGUUUCUGUAGAAAAGGAGAGGCACAAGCUCAGCAUUCAGUUGGACAACAUCAGUGAACAUAGUGAAAAUACAAGCAUCAUAGAAGAAAUUGAAAGACCAUCUGAAAAUGGUAGAAGAAAUAGGAACCAAGUGUCAAACAUUUUAGAAUCUGUAAGACUAUAAAAAUGUGUACUUAUGUAAAUAGAUAGCCACUGACUUUGAUGCUAUGAAGUUGACUUGAUAAAUUGGACGAUGAAUGUUUCUGUUAUUCAGUCAGACAUAAUGCAAUAAGCCGAUAUAUAUUAUUAUUCAUGCAAGUAUGUUAAUUUAAAAGUAUUCUGCUUCUGUUUUGCUUUCAUCAUUAUAUGUACACUAAUGAUUUUU